CUCUUCUUCUGCACUCAAAAAUCGAAUUUCUCUCAAUUUGGUAUCAGAUUUUCUGCUAUACUAAUUAAGAAGGGGAAAUUGAGAAAAAAAAAAUUAACAUAAGAAUGGCCUCUCGUUUAUCUUAUUCUUGCAUGGUUUUGACAAUAGCAGUGUUAUUGAUUUUCUCAAGCUUGCCAUGUCAUGCGCAACUUUCUUCCAACUUCUAUGAUAAUACAUGUCCUAAUGCACUCAGUACUAUUAGGUCGGCCAUUGAUGCUGCAGUUUCGAAUGAGCAAAGAAUGGCUGCUUCACUCAUUCGCCUUCAUUUUCAUGAUUGCUUUGUUCAGGGUUGUGAUGGUUCAGUUUUGCUGGCAGAUACGGCGUCAUUUACUGGCGAGAGAACUGCUCGCAAUAAUGCGAAUUCCAUCAGAGGAUUCGAAGUCAUAGAUGAUGCCAAGGCUCAAGUGGAGAGCAUAUGUCCUGGAAUUGUUUCUUGUGCUGAUGUUCUUGCAGUUGCAGCUCGCGAUGCAUCUGUCGCUGUUGGUGGACCAUCUUGGACAGUGAAUCUUGGAAGAAGAGACUCUACCACUGCUAGCCUAAGUCUAGCUAAUAGCGACCUUCCUGCCUUCACAGACAGCCUUGAUAGGCUUAUUUCUUUGUUCGGAAACAAGGGAUUAAAUGCAAGAGAUAUGGUUGCCCUUUCAGGAGCACAUACAAUUGGACAAGCUAGAUGCCUGACCUUCCGUGGUAGGAUUUACAACAACACAAGUGAUAUUGAUCCUGAUUUUGCUAACACCCGAAGAAGCCAAUGUCCAAAUACUGGUGGAGAUGGAAAUCUUGCACCACUUGAUUUGGUGACACCCAAUACUUUCGACAACAACUACUACUCAAAUCUCAUUGCAAGAAGAGGACUUCUUCAAUCAGACCAGGUGCUUUUCAGUGGCGGAUCUACAGAUAGCAUUGUUAAUGAGUACAGCACAGACUCUUCAUCUUUCAGUUCUGAUUUCGCAUCUGCCAUGGUAAAGAUGGGAAACAUAGACCCCCUCACUGGUUCUCAAGGAGAGAUACGCAGGGUUUGCACUGCUGUCAACUAAUUUCUCGACGAAUCGCUCAAGCGUCUAUAGUGUCAAACACUAUAUAUAUGUUCCGGAAUAAAAAGUAGCUUAAGAUCUGUUCCACUUGAGGCAUUUUCUCAUUCUUGUAUUUUCAACUUAAGUGUGAUUUAGUCUUGUUCCUUUUUUUUUUUCCCUCCUAGAAGUUAUAAAGUGUAAUUCAUCUCCGCUUGUCCUGAAAUAGAAAGUUAUUGCAUUUUUCCCUUUGUU